AUGUAUAUCCCCUUCUGCGUGGGGGUGCAGAAGAUCCUCAAUGCUCGCUGCCCACUCGUGCGCUUCUCCCACCAGGCGUCUGGCUUCCAGUGUGACCUGACCACCAAUAACAGGAUUGCCUUGAAAAGUUCGGAGCUCCUCUAUCUGUAUGGCGCCCUGGACUCCCGGGUGAGAGCCCUGGUGUUCAGCGUGCGGUGCUGGGCUCGCGCACACUCCCUGACGAGCAGCAUUCCUGGCGCCUGGAUCACGAAUUUCUCCCUCACCAUGAUGGUCAUCUUCUUUCUCCAGAGGAGGUCGCCUCCUAUUCUGCCGACGCUGGAGUCCCUGAAAGCCCUAGCCAGUGCAGAAGACAAAUGUGUAAUAGAAGGCAACAACUGUACGUUCGUGCGUGACUUGAACAAGAUUCAGCCGUCAAGAAACACAGAACCACUAGAAUUACUGCUGAAGGAAUUUUUUGAAUAUUUCGGCAAUUUCGCUUUCAAUAAAAACUCCAUAAAUAUUCGGCAGGGAAGGGAGCAGAACAAGCCCGACUCCUCUCCGCUGCACAUUCAGAAUCCUUUCGAAACCUCUCUCAACAUAAGCAGAAACGUGAGCCAGAGCCAGCUGCAGAAGUUUGUGGACCUGGCCCAAGAGAGCGCCUGGCUGCUGCAGCAGGAUGGGGAGGGCGGCCCAGCCCCGGCCCCGCGGCAGCCCUGGGGGCUGGCAGCCCUGCUGCUGCCCUCCGUCAGGGACAGCAGGUCUCUCUCCAAGAAGCAGAACAGGCGGCCUGCGAGCGAGAGGAUAAAAAGCUUGCUGGAAUCCAUCAAAGAGCACAGCCCGGACAGCCCCACGGCCACCGACGGGAAAAGGACAAUGAGCACUCACACAUGACCGCCGGCCGCCCCCUCCUUGAACUGGUUGUCCUGUGACGUUGUCUGUACCACGGAGGAACCGGGGAACUCCACCAGCCACACUUCCACACCAGACCAUCUCCUGGCCUUCCCGGCGGCUCCCUCUGCCUGCUCUGCAGCCUGGGGCGUUGCGGCCCCCACCUGCCGGCUGCCCCCAGUCCCAGCCACAGCCACAGCCACGGAGCAGGGGCCAGAAGGUGGAGACUCCUCGCAGAAUACACCGUACGGAGGGAACGGGAAGAAUGGUUUUAGGAUCAAACUGGUGUUGGUCUCCCCGGCAGGCCCUGUGGGGACGCAUUUAAAAGGACAUGCCCAGUUGUGCGCAGGCGUGAGCAGAGAUUGCGUAAUAAAACUGCCAGGUGUGGUGGU